UUCGCGCUUUUCAACACUGCAGUACGUCAUCAAAAUAUUGUUCCAUUUACAAAUUGCUCAAUUAAUGUAAAACCACUGAAAAUCAACGAUAAAUAUGCGAGCUACAGCACCCAUUCAUAGCCAAUGAGAGUGAAGCCAAGGGACAGGGCCCAAAAUGCAACAUUUGGCCUUAAUGGACUGCACAAAACAGGCAGAAAGCAAAUAUUGACAUAACACGUCAACGAUUGAGUGGCGGAGAGGAAGCCACAGCAGUCAGCAGCCAGGCAGCAACAACAGACCAUACGGCGAGGGAUUUGGUAGCAAAAAGUAUGUGUUAUGGCCACAACGCGAACCCAGGGAGAUGCUGAGACAGGAAACGGACAGCAGCAGCAGCAGCAGGGGAACAGCAGGAAGCACUCCACAGCCAGCACUGGAGGAAUUCUUAGCGGAGCACCUGCAGCCAGCUGGCAGAGCUGCUACUACUGCACAAGAGAGCAUUUCAAGAGCAUACAAGAGUUUGUCAGUCACCUGCGUAAUCGUCAUUGUACGCGUGAAGGCGGCUCUUUUGUGUGCCGAUAUGGCUUCAAUGGUGUGUGUGCCUCCCUGCCGCUGGAUGGUGUCUCGGAUCGGGAUUACGAUGCCCAUGUGGCCAAGUAUCACGUGAAUCAGUUGACUCGUGAGAUGCCGCCCGAGUGGGGCGUCUAUUCGGCGGCGCAGAAUCUGCCGGCCGUUCUCAAUGAUCCAUCGCGUGGCAAGCAGAGCAAUUUGUUUACCAAAAAGUGGGGCGAACAGUUUGUGGAGCGCACGCAUGUGCCGGCAUCCGCCAGACUGCCGGACAUCACCCAUGCGGACUUUGCCGUGUAUUUGGGCAGCAUUGGGAAGCGUUAUCGCUGGCACGAACGACGGCAGCAGCAGCUGGAGCGGGACAUACCGUUGGAGAACGGCACUGGCGGCGGCGCCAUUGGCAGUCCCACGCAUUUGAGUUCUGUGCCGGAUAUAUUCCUGAAGUCGCAGCUGCAGCUGCAUCAUGCGCCCACCUUCAAGCAGGUCUUUCCUGACCUCAUGCAAUCCUCGGACUCGAGUCCGGCCACGCACCAGCAGACGGGACGGCAGCUGCAGGAGCAGCUCAGUCAGUAUCUGGACGUUGUGGAGGUGAAGAUAGCACAGCAGGUGUCCCAGAAGUCAGCGGCCUUCUUCCAUGCCAUGACCACGCAGCACGCCAUCCUCGCGGAAAUGGAGCAGGCGGCCGAGCAGGUGCGGCAACUGCGUUCGGCCCUCGCCCAGCUGCACAACAGCUCCGUGGUGGAUAGCUUUAAGGUGCUGCGCUAUGCGAAACGCCGGCAGCACUACAAUUUAACCCUCGAUAAGCUGCGACUAAUGGCCACGGUGCACAAGACGCAGCCCAUGCUGCAGCUGCUCCUGGGCACACAGGACUAUGUGGCGGCACUGGACCUCAUUGGCACGACGCAGGAGAUUCUGUCGGCGGAGCUGCUGGGCGUGCACUGCUUCAAGCAUCUGCCCAUGCAGCUCAGCGAGAUGGAGAAGCUCAUCGAUAAGAUGCUGACGACGGAAUUUGAGCGUUAUGCCGCCUCCGACCUCAACAGACCCCUGACGCCCGAGGGACUGCUAGAGACGGAUAGCGUGUGCGCGGAGGAGGACAAGCUGGUGGCCAUUGUGAUGGGGCUGCUGCGCAAGCAGAAUUUUUCCUUUGUGCAGUCGUACCAGCAGGAGGCAAUCGCCACCAUUCGAGCCAUCAUCAAGCAGCUGCUCAUCGAAGUUUUGUCGCGCAGCGACAGCGACCAGGAGAUCAGCCUGACGGGCGCCGGCGAACAGGCCCUGGAGCUGACCCUGCCCGAGUGGAUCGCCCUGCUGCAGCGUUCCAGUCAGGCGCUGACCUCCAUUCUGGAGCGUAUCAAGGCUGUGGUUGGGAUAAUGCAGCAGACAGCCGAUGCCGCCGUUGGGGCGCAGGACACAGUCAAUCUGAUUGAUUCGGAGGCCUUCCUCAGUGCCAGCCACCACGAGCAGCUGCGCUCACAGCUUCAGUUGCUGCUACAGGCCGUUUGCCAUUACUGCCACGAGCGUUGUGCCAACAUCGUUUCGCCCCAGAGCCUUGAGCGGAGUUCGGCCAGCGAGCAGGAGCUCUCGCAGCUGUCGGACAUCGUGGAGCAGUUCAGCGAAACGACCAAGAGCAUCUGUGGUGUGUCCAGCGUGCCACUGCAGCUUGCACUCAAGGUGCAGGCCUCCCGCUACGCGCAGCGUUUCCAUUCCGAGCACAAGCACAAACUGUCGCUGCUCCUCGACCAGGAGAGAUGGCGCCAGGUGGAUAUACCGCAUGAAUUCCAGCGCAUCAUCGAGCGCAUGUCCUCGGGCGACUAUGCCAAGCCGGAGGGCUCGCUCAUCAGCAACGGCGGCGGCAAUCCCGUGCUGCUGCUCGAGGGCAAGCAGCCGUAUGCUUUGGUCAGUGCCUCGCUGAUGCUCAUCCAAAUGUUGUACGAGUAUGGGGGCAGUGCCCAUCGUCUGCCGCUCCUUGCCAGCUAUCAUUCGCGCAACGUAGUGGAUCUCCUGCGUUGCUUCAACUCGCGCAGCUGUCAGCUAAUCAUCGGUGCGGGCGCCAUGCGGGUUGCCGGACUAAAGACCAUAACUAGCACCAACCUGGCGUUGGUGUCGCGUGCUCUGCAGCUCGUGCUGUGGCUGCUGCCGCGCCUCAAGGAGCACUUUCACACGAUGAGCGGCUACGAGGCCAUCGAACGCGACUACCAGGGUCACAUCAAGGAGAUCGAGAACAAGAUCCACGGCAUUGUGUCGGAGCGCGUGGCCGCGCAGCUAGAGGCCUGGGAGGCGCGUCCGCCCAUACCCUCGCAAACCUUUCGCCACAUUUCGCGGCAUCUGGUGAAGCUGCACGAGGCCAUUGCGGGUGUGCUGCCCGAGGCGCAAAUCCACGAGAUCUACGGCGUGAUGCAUCGCAACUUCAAGGAUCGCCUGAGAGAGCAGCUCCUCAAGCUGAACAUCAACAACAAUGGGGGGCCGCAGCAUGGUGUCGUCACCUCAGAGCUUACCUUUUACAUGGAGACUCUGCGCACGCUGAAGGCACUGCCAUCGCCACAGCUGGACAAUGGCAUUCUCGAGGACAUCUGGCUCUAUUGAAGUAUUCCACGAAGCAUCAUUGC